AUGACGAGUUUAGUAUUGUUUAAAACGGAUCGAUCUGGAAAAGGAGAUCCUGCUCCAGCUAGUGAUGAUUGGGGUACAGGCAGACCUCGUGUUCGAGGAAGUCAAUCAGCUUUUCCUCGUCUAUCUGGUAAUUUUCUUCAAACAGGUGAACCCAUUUCUCAAACAUAUCGAAAUACUGACUUGGUAUUAAGUAAUUUACGAAAUAAUGAUGAAUUAGUACCGGCUCCACUUCAUACAACUGAUAUAACAUCCCAUGAAAUACCAUUAGAAUUUCCAUCAAACCAUCCGCAUACAUCUCAUAUUAGCGAAAAAGCUGUAUUUCCUGGUGCAACUGAUGGUUUAAAUGAUCGUCCUUCGACAUCUGUCGAGCCUUAUAUCGUAACACAUAAAAUUCGGGGUAAUCCAUUUCGUCGUGAAGUACACUUUCACGGUUUUCAACCCGCACAUUGUCGAACAUCACAAUGGCCCGAUAAACAUUACAUGCACUUGCCUCGAUCACAAAGUGACUUGAAUUCAUCAUCAAUAUAUCCUUGGCCACGUAAAAUGUUUGCGCCAAAUGAUCAUACUUCACCAACAAACUCAGUCAGAAGAGCAAGUUCACAUGUUGUACAAAACACAAAAACAGCAACACCUUCAUCAAAUAAACAGCUAAAAUCUUAUUUAAAUAAGACAUCCGAAUCGGUAAGACCUAAAAACGGUGGUAUGCAUGGUAAUCGUCAACAAACACGUGCUUUUGACAAACAGAGACCAUCCACGGAAGCAACAAUAAGAAUGAGUGAAACAGAAAGACUUGAUGAUCAACUACGCAAUGGAACUGAUUAUGUUAAUCUUCCUGCACAUCUCUUUCCAACAAAUAAGGCACCAACAUGGAUUCCUCGACAAGAAUCAUCAAAUGAUAAUCAAGGUACACCGAAUGAAAUUCGUUUUCUUCAAACUGACCAACCACAAGCAUCAACAGCAAAUGGUCAAUUAUAUCGUGAUCAUUAUGCAAGUCAUCAACAAAUGAAUGCAGAAAAUCGUCUUCAACAAAUAGAAGUUAUUCGUCCACAAGAAAAUCUAACUUUACUUAAUGUUAAAUAUCGUCAUCUUCAAAAUCCACGUCAUGCACGACCUAUUUUACCUCAAUAUCGUGAUGAUUAUGUCAAUACAUUUUAUGAUCAAGUUGGUACAUAUGUUCAGGAACGAUCCGGUCUUUAUCAUACCGACAAUUAUAAUCCAAAUUUACUUGCUCAAAGUAUACCGGAACUUGAAAACUAUCAAGAAAUUGUUGGACCAUCAGUAAAUGAUAAUAAUCUCGGUGAUUUAUUAAAUCGAGGUGAACAAAAUCAAAAUAGAACAAAACCUAAAUUAUUUCAAUAUAAAGCAAUUGGUGAUUAUGAAAAUAUGCGAAAACAGCUUCUUAAUAAAUUACAUGUACCACAAGAUGCUAGUACUGUUGAUAGUCGUGUACAAGAAGGUGAUAAACAAUUUAUUCAACGUGAAACAGUUUAUGGACAAGGAUAUAAUACACGAAAAUUUCUUCAAGAAAAUACUUUACAACAUUAUGCACGUGUUGAUCCUACUAAUUUAAUGAGUACAAGAUAUAAUAAUGAUCUUGAACGUACACGAAGUUUAAAUAGUUAUCCAAUGAAAACGACUCCAACUCGAAAUAUAACUGAUGAUGUUCUUAGUAGUCCAGUUCUUCAUCCAUCACAAUAUGAUGAUAUGUAUACGACAAAACAUAUUACUGAACAUACAGAUGGUUAUUCACGUCGACCAACAACACGAGUUUAUGAUUCACCAUUUAAAAGUGAACAUGAUCCAACUGUUCAUCAAGUCUAUCAAAAUCAAACAGUUCAUACACAAGCAAGAUCAUUCGAUCCAGCUCUUCAAAUUCCAACUCAACUUCCAAAUUCAGUUAAAACAAGUAUACGACUACCUGGUCCAGAAAAUGUUGCUCGAUUUAUUGAACCAAAAUUUGAAACAAAUACAACAUAUCAACGUUCAUUUAAAGAUAUAUCUUUUCAUGAAGGAACACCUCGACGACAAAAUUUCAAUCAAGAUAAUAAUCAACAUUUAGAUCAAUCAUCUGAUCUUAGUCCGAGACCAUGCAAAUUAACUGAUAUUCAAGAUGGAUGGACAAAAACACAAGCUCAACAACAUUAUCAAUAUGAAAAUCCUGGAGUUGCACCAUACUCUAGUGAUACUAUCAUGCGAGCGAAAAAAGAAGUACUUUUAGCUGAUAGUAUUGUUAAACAACACGUGAUGCAAGUUCGAUAG